GCCUCGACAUUUCUAUUUUUGCGUCAGUUGGGAAUUUUGUGUGCUUUACUUUGUUGUGUCUUUUAGUGAUGGUUCGUGUGUAGUCCCUGUAACCUGCACGAGGUUUCUGUACAGUGUAUAUAGCCGACUUAAAGCCCUCCCUGUAAAUACAAACAGCAUUCACGCGUCAGACAUUUAUUUCAACACGGAGCGAAGACCGUUGCCUGCGGACAGAGCUACGACUGCGAGCUUCUUUACGGCGCUGCGAGGACAUGGCCAUGGUUCAGCGUGACGGCAGCGGCGAAGAAGCUUUGAACAACGGUGACAGCAAGGAAGAGGUGGCAGAGGAGGAGGAAAAUUGCGUGGCAGCUGUGGUGGAAUGUGCUGCGACAACUGCGACAUCUGCAGUGACGGAGGAAGGUGACAGCAGCAGCAGUAGCAGUUCUGGGGAUAGCAAGACUGGAACGGGUGAGGAAGUCUCGGCAGAACCAGAAGAAAAUGGUGCUGCCAAGGAGGCCGGCCCACCACGGCACCAGUACUCUAAGGCAGAGCUGCUGAAGUUGCGAAAUGGUGACCACAAGCGUCCUGCCUGCUUGGAUCCAGCCUACAACAACCUGUCUGGCAUGUGGGACCCCGAGCGGUGGUUUUCGGGCAAGCGACGAGGCGGGUCUGUGUCCCCCGCCGAGGAGACUGCCGCGCCCUCGGCGGGCAGCACUGCUCCCCCCUCUUCGUCUUCAUCAGCGGGAGGGGGGCAGCAGCGCAGCAAGCGGGAGCGGCUGGACUCUGAAGGGGGCGGGGGAGAGCCCAGUGGCAGCCUGGGGGGUCCCAAGCGCCGCAGCAGCACAGACCCCAAGGAGCGGCUGGCACGGGAGGAGCGCGAUGACCUGGUGCUGAGCCCCCAGCGGCGCAGCUUCGGCACGGGCUGCCACGUCAGCCAGCCGCCCCGGCCGUCCUCGGAGGCAGGCUCCAAGGAUGACCCGCAGGGGCUACUUCAUAGGGAGCCCCCAAGCCGGCGCAUAGGUAGCGGUCGAAUCCUACGAGACCAGCGGGACUGGGAUCGUGAGAACAGAGACCGUGAGUACGGCUAUGGAGGGCGACGAUUUGACGACUCUGGCCACUCGAGCGGCGGCGGGGGAGGACAUUCCAACCGCUAUGACCGGCGAAGAGGCCGUGACGAACGCAUUGAGGAAGAGGAAGAGCCCGAGUGGUUUGUGGGUGGCCCUACCAGCCAGCACGACACCAUCGAGCUGGUGGGCUUCGAUGAGGACCCCGAGGCUGGCAGCCGGCCCACCCGGGGUCCUUCGUCUUCGUCUGCCCGGCGGAUGCGACGCAACCGUGAGCUCGCCAACCGCAAGCAGCAGAACGGUCCUGAGCGUCGCUCUCCCGAUCAGGAGAGCAGCAGCAAACAGGACCAGCAGCAGCAGCACAUGGCAGUUACAGCAUCAUCAUCAUCGCAGAGUUCCACUUCUGGGACGACCACCACGACUUCGUACUCUGUGCCUGCUGUUGCAGUCUCUGCAGCGCCUACGCUCAAGAGAAGUGACAGCAGAGAUUCGUCAAGCAUGAGUGCAAAUUGCGCCACCAAUGUGAGCAAGUCGUCGAGUGACGGGCCUGGAGAGACCUCGACACCACUGACGACGAGCCCCACUCUGCCAGACAAUGUCGGCGGUGCCCCACCAGCCCUGCCCACUCAGGACGGCUUCGAUUUUAAUGACAUCUUCAAGCCUGACUGGUGUCCUCGGUUCCUUUCGGAGGAUGCCCUGGGCGACGGAGACAUCAACCUGAGUGGGGGCAGCCGCUUCUCGCAGUGGUUCCGACGCGAGAGCCCGCCCUUAGACCAGCCGUUGGUGCCUCCCCUGGACAGUGGUCUGCUGGCUGCCCUCAGUGGGAAGGCAGACGAUGAGGGCAUGGACCACCACCACCACCACCGCCAUCAUCGCCAGUCGUUUCAGCGACCAGAGAACGACUUGGCCUCUCGCAUCCUCGCCUCAGCUGGUGUAACCAGCAGUGAUGGCAUGCUGCCCGCACCGGACUCGUACUUCACGCCCAUCAGCCCCGCUCUGCCACCAGACCGCAUGUCUCCGUCGCCUCCUGUCCGUGACGGCAAUUCCAAGAACAUCCUGGACAUCCUCAUGGAUGCCAACAUCAAUGUGGAGGCCCACAUGCUCAACGGUGAUGCCGCCAAGACCGCUCGGCUGCGGGAGCAUGCCUUGUCCGGCAAGGCCAAAAGUGUGGAAGAACUGGAAGCCGACCUGAAGCAGGUGGUCCUUGGUGGUCACAACAGGUCUGUUCAGCAGCAGCAGCAACACCACCACCACCACCAUCACCACCACCAUGAGCAACUGCAGCAGCAACAGUCUCAGCAGCAGCUUCACCAUCCACUGGGGAUAGUGCCAACUCUCAACCUGCCCCAGCAGCAGGAUCAGCAGCACCUGCAGGGCCUGCUGAGCAAGCUUGGGGCACACCCGGGUGCCCACGGAGGUGCACUGAUGGUACCGCCGUCUCUGCCCGAGAGGGCCCUUCAGGAGGAAGACCUGCUAAGGGCCACUGGCCAGGCACCGCUGCCACAACCAAUGCAGCCGCAGCAUCACGGCAUGGUGCGUGGCAGUGGUGUGGAUGGUGUGCAGCAGCCACCCCCAGGUCUGCUGUCGCAGCUGUUGCGUCCACCUGCUGCUGCCAAGGGUCCCACCAUCACCCCUCAGCAGCAGCAGCAAGGGGGCCAGGAUGUGCUUGUGAAGAUCUUGGCUGGCAUGGGGCCAGUGUCGCCGGGUCUCCAGCCGCCCCCAAUGGCAUCCCACCAGCCCAUGAGCCCCACGGCCCAGUUGCUUGCUGCUCGGCAUGACCCCAUGGCUGCUGCAGCUGCGGCGGCCAUGCUUCGGCAGCAACAGCAGCAAGAGAUGCUGAGCAGCCUGCUGAAGCCGCCGCCACCUGUGGUGACCACCCAGCGGCCAUCGCCCACCCAGCAGCUGGGGCUGCUGGCCCCCUGCCCUUCACCCCUGCCAGGUGGCCCUCAGGACCCACGCAGAGUUCCUUCUCCACUUGUGUUUGGCCAGCACCCGUCGCCCAUUCCUCCUGUGGCAGGACCCACGCCUGGUGCCCCAGUGCAGUCUUCUAACACUUUGCAGGUUCAUAGUGGAGGCCUGCGUCCCCGUGUGCCCUCCCCGCAAGAGCUGGCGGUGCACACGCAAUCCAUCCUGCAGACGGCACUGCUCAAGAAGAUCCUCGAGGACCAGAAGCAGAAGGAAAACCUGCGCAAGCAACAGGAGGCACAGAGGACGCGUUCGCCGACCACGACGCAAGGCCCGACUACAAACAGGGGUUCGUCGCCAUCCAAGGGCUUGAGCCCCACUAUGGCUGCGUUCACUCCUACAUCGGUGAUGCGCAAAAUGCACAUGGAGCGCCAAGACCCGAAAGCCUCUGACAAAGGUGGCAACAAGGCCAAUGGGGAAACAUCGCCCAGUGAUGGCACGCCUCGGCAGCAGCAACAUCGAAUGAACAAUGGCACAGUGCCACGGGCCCCCACCAUAGGCAGGGCCAUCAUAAAGGGCAACCAAGCUGCCCAGCCACAGACUUCGUCUGAUGCCAAGAACCCCAAGCUGAUUCAGCAGCACGCCUCUCAGCAGCAGGCUGCGGGCAGCCUCAUGCGAGGUGGUGGAGAGGUGGACAUGAUGGCCAAGCUGUUUGAGCAGCAGCAGCAGCGCCUUCUCCAGCAGCAGAGGGUGCCUCCUCCACCAGGUGUGCUGGGCCUAGUCAGGCAGCAGCAGCACCCCGCCAUCAAGCUGCCGGGCAUGAUGAGGACUGCGGCGGGUGGAGCUAUGGCUGCUGGCGGCCCGGCAGCUCCUCCAUCUGCUGCCAUGGCUGCUUCCCGAGCCCACCACGCAGCUGGUGGACUGAAAGGUGUGGCCGGUGGCGGCAGUGGGCGUGGCCCCUCUGUUGAAAUGCUGCAGCAGGCCCUGGCCCAGGGUCUCCAUCCGCUGGCAUUCCAGCAGUUACUGCUUGGGGGUGCCGCUGCCCCUUCCGCUGUGGGCCCAUCCCCCUUCGCACCCUCUUUGCACCCAUCCCCAGCGCACCCCUUUGUGACCAAUGCCACAGGACCCCGCGAUGCCAAGGGUGCCGGCAUGGUGCCCGGUGGACUCCCCGGUCGUGGGCCCGCUGUGCCAGCAGCAGCGGCUGCGGCUGCAGCAGCUGCGGCAGCCGGGGUGCCGCCCGCCAAUCUGGCCAAGUGGUUUGGCAGUGACGUGCUCUACCAGCCCACCUUGCCCCCCGUUCCCCACCAGAAGGCCCUGCUCGUCGAGGAGGUAGAGCGUCAGCAGCAGCAGGCUACAGCCGUCAAGAACUGAGCAACGAGUGACAUCACCACCUUUUGCCUGCAACAGUUUCUCUCGCCGGGAACUUUUCUGUGCCGGCCUGUCCAACAGCAGCAGCCUGUUCACAAUGCCCUGUGCGCUCGUCGUGGCAGACGACACACUUUUCUGCCCAUCGUUCACCCUCUCGGAGGAUGCCUGAAGAUGUUGGGUGCCUCUCUGGCAGGCCUGUCGGGCCCCUUUUGCCAAAGCACCCCCCCAGUGCACCGUGCGUGACCCGGUGCCACUUAGUAGGCAGAUGCUGUGGAACAUAGGAGGGGCAGUACUUCUCCAGUCGUGCUUUUUUUUGUGUUCUUGGGGCAACUUGUGCGUGUUCAACAUGGUCGGGUAAAAGGUGGUUCGAGUGAAGCAGCAGUGUUUCAAGUGUACUGUUUGUGUACCCCUACGUCUCUCCAUUCAGGUGCUGUUGAUGACGAUGGUGGGGAAUGGAGGUACAACUAACAUAAAUGCACCCUGUGCGACAUGUGAGGAGCUUAUUGUUGCCGUCAUAUGUGGGACACCUUCUCCCAGCUCUUUUUAGUUUGCCUUUGCUUACAUUGUUCAGCUUGUUUGUAUGCUGCAAAAGGCUAGCGUUGCAAAAAAGAAAAAAGAACAGCAUUCAAAGGAACACAUGAGAAAGUGCAUAGUCUGUAUUACUUUACAACUUUUUGUGGUCUGUAAACCUUGUUUUGGUUCUAUGCAAGGAGUGUUUGUGUGCCUCCUGCUUCAUUGGAGAAAGAGAGAGAGAACUUUAAUUUAAUUCAUUUCUUCUUCUGGGUUUGUAUUUGAAAUUUUGUCAUUUGAGCUUUUUCCUCUGCAGCCGAAGUACAAAGUGAGAGGAAAAAAGUGGCUGCAUUUCUUUCUCUUUUUCUUGUGUGUACUCUUCUGUACACUGUCCCUCGUGUUCGUCUGGUGGUUUCCUCCUCCCAGUGUGUUCGCACAUGCAAGUCGCGUUAUUUGGGGAUCGGCAGUGGUGUUGUACCUGCUGCGAAGAAGUCUGUUUGAGGAAGAGAGAACCAUUGCUCUGGCUGCGCGGGUCUGCGCAGUGUGGUGUGUGUGUGUGCGCGUGUUUGUGUCUCGUGCAGUUCUUGUGUAGGCUCGUAGUUGUGUCCUGUGCCAUUCUGUUUGUGUGUUCUAGUUUUGUGCAUUAGUAGGGAUACUAUAGGAAACAUUGCACCUUGUCGUUCUUGUUUGUCCUUUGCAUUGUACGCAUUCAAAGUGCAGUGUCUCGUUGGCGGUGUUUUUCUUUUCCUUGUGCAGGCAAAUUCUGUUCAGCUCACUUUUUUUUUUCUACGUGCAGAGUUGUCGAUGUAAUCUUCUGCGUCGUACGUUUGUGUAUGCAUUAACAUUUGUUACCCCUCGAUGUGCCCGUAUUGUUUUGUUCUUUAUUUACAUGAACUGGCACGUUGAUUCCAGUUUGCGCACUGUAGCUCCAAGACGGCUCGUGCUAGUUCUGUACAUUGCGAGAAGUCCCAUUUUUCAUUGUUCCAGCUCAUUUGUGCAUCUUUAACUAUUCGACUCCUUUUUUUAUUUGACUAUCUAGGCUGCUGUUAUAUCAAGUGGUUACUUGAGAGCCUCAAGGGAAGCAGGCACUUACUUGUUCACGCAAUGUGGCUGAAAGUCUCAUUGAAUGAGGGAGCACAUGUACCUCCAGGGUGGCACUGCUCGACAUUGAUUAGUGACAAUCUAGCCUGAAAUUUCUUCCCUUUCGAUGCAUGUUACUAGCUUAUGUUGUAACAUAUGUUUUUGUAUCUGCAGGUGCUUCAAGUCUUUCUUUUGCUUGCUUUUGUCUUUUUUUUUUUCUUGCAACGGUCUAUACACUAGACUCAGGCUGGCACUUUUCUUUUGUUUCUCUUUGCUUGAGCCUGUUGUUGCUUGUCGUAACUCGUACUGCAUCAGAAGUACUGCCGCAUCUUGCAUCUGAUUGACGGCUGUAGCUGCCGAAGCUGCUGCACUGCUUCCUUCUGUGUGAACCGUCGUUUUGCUGCGAAAGGCCACCACCACCACACCACCGUGCAUUUUGCCGUUGGCAGUUUAGCACUGGGUGCUGAAGUCAUUUACCACUGUCGUGCAUGGGCUGUGGGCACUAGUACUGCGCUCUUUUUCCUCACUUGACGUUGCUUCGUUCCAAUGACGUCAAAAACAUGCAGCUGGUUCUGCUUCUUUUUUUCUUUCUUUUUUAAUUUGUUGUGACUGUAAAUGUACGUUCCAUGUUUUUUGUGGUUUCUUUUUCAGGUCCCUUGUGUGAGAUUGUGACGUCCAUGUUUAGUUCGGAUGGGGAUAAAAAGAGCUUUGAAAAGUGAAAAAAAAAUUUGAAAAAGACUUUUCUCAAAAUAAGUGACAUAAGCUUGUGUCUGAGAAAAAAAAGUAAAAAUAAAAGUCUGUGAUAGUCAUUUCAGCUCUUCAUGCCCUCUUUGUUGUGUGCAACCCCCCUCCACCACCCGUAUUUUUUUAUUUUCCCGGUCUUGUGUGCCCUGCAAGCCUCCUCUGCCCGGAUGUUGUUCUGGUCAUCACUUCACUCUGUGUUGUCCUUAUCUACUAGUGUGUGUGUCUGUGCGAAAACAAAUGCGGGUCUCCAGUAGUACAUACUUGUGUUCUAAGAUUUUUUUUUCCCUUCAAAGCAGUGGUAACCAUUCUGGUGUCUUUUUUUUUUUUUUUCUGCAAGUUUAUAUUUGGUGCUCAGUAGUUGUCAGUAGCAGUAGCAUAUAUACCUGUCCAGCGUGUGUUAAAACUGUGCUGUAAAUAGCAGUGUCUCCUGGGUUUUCGAACUUUUUUUUUUUUUUUGGUUUCUUGGGUCCCCCAUCGGAACAGGUCUGUUGUGCAUUAGGCAUCUCUGUACAUAACCUAGGCGAACGAAACGCGUAAACGUCCUCCCUCUGCCAUGUCGCAAAUUGUCGGAGCUUUGUGUAGCACUGUUUCGCUGCCUAAAUGCACUCAAGGUUAAGGGGAGAAAAAAAAAGUCCCGUUACUUCUUUUGAUGGCCCGUAGUUGUAGUUGGCGAUGUUUUGUUUCCGUGUCUCCAAUGGGAGGAGUAUUGUGGUGUAUUACGCAUUAGUCGGUUGGAUUAAUGUUGGUACCGACGUGCGUCGACGGUGUGCGUUUUUUCUGUAAAUAGCAAGACUGUUUCCUGUGAGCAUGUGUGUUCGUGCAAGUGAGCAACAGUGGAAAAAAAAAAGUGUUGCGUUGUAACUCAAGAAGAGUUUUAAGAAUUAUAUAAGAGUGAAAUGGUUCUUCAAUCCUGCUAUAUUUUUUUCUCUCCUUCCCUUCGAUAUAUAUAUUGUAGUCAAAGCAUCCCUGUUCCAAAUUCCUGUUCCAAAACUUGUUAUAAAGAUAAGGCUUGAAGUGUGAACAAAAACCUGGCAGCAGCUUCACCCAAGGCUGCAUUUGAAUGUACUGGUUAAAGCAUUUCGAUUUGAACCAAUUCAGACCCUGCUGCGCUCUUUUUCCUUCCUCUCUGAAAUAAAUUGUGCCUUUUUAUUGAA